GAGAGGGGGUAGCGGCAGUAGCCGCCGCCAUCACGAUCCCGUUUCCCGUCAGCAUUGCCCCCAGCUUGGCUGUACUAUCUGAGGAGGGAAGGAAGGGGUGAGCCGCUCCUCCCCUUCUCUUCCCUGUCCCGGUUGGGAUGUGGUGAGGCGGGCGGGCAGGCAAGGCACCCCAACCUCUGACUGGCAGCCCCUCCCCCAGAGUCCCGGGGCAGAGGAAGGGAAGGAGCAGAAACUGAAGUUGCCGUGCCCCGAGGGGAGCUCGAGCGGAUCCUAACCUCGGAGUAGCUUUAGAGGUGUCGAAUAGACCAGAGCAGCCAUGUUUCGGAACAGUCUCAAGAUGCUUCUUACAGGUGGAAAAUCAAAUCGGAAAAACAGAUCCAGUGAUGGAGGAAGCGAGGAACCACCAGACCGAAGACAGGCGAGCAUAGAUUACUGUCAGAGCCAUUCUGGUCAGGGUGGUGGCUCCACUGAGAACGACUCUGCUUAUGAACAAGAGUAUGCUAUCCCAACACUCCCAGUCCCUGAAGGUAUGCAGCACAUUCGGAUUAUGGAAGGCAUGUCCCGCUCUCUCCCAUCCUCCCCAUUACUAACACAUCAGUCUAUCAGUGUUCGGCUCCAACCCAUGAAGAGAUUAACUGCUCCACUAAGGAAGGCAAAAUUUGUUGAGAGCCCUCGAAUCCCAGAAUCAGAGCUUGGCUCACCAACUCUUUCUUCAGCGCCAAAACUGGACCUUGAUGCCUACUGCCCUGGUGAAACUGAGCAGGAGUUGGGACCUCCCCCAUCUGUGGAUGAGGCAGCAAAUACACUCAUGACUCGCCUGGGCUUCCUCCUGGGAGAGAAGGUAAACGAGGUGCAGGCAGGGCACCAGUACAGCAUGGAAGUCCAAGAGGACAAUCAGACCUCAGCAGUAUCCCAGCGAAUAAGUCCCUGUUCAACACUGACCAGCAGUACUGCUUCACCACCUGCCAGCAGCCCUUGUUCCACCCUUCUUCAAACUAGUACAAAGGAUGUUAUGGCAAAGGACUGCAGUUAUGGAGCUGUCACAAGUCCCACUUCCACCCUGGAAAGCAGAGACAGUGGCAUCAUAGCAACGUUGACAAGCUAUUCUGAAAAUAUGGAUCGUGCUAAGUAUGGAGGAGAAAGCAGUAAAGAAAUAGGAUCUGGUGGAAACCUGAAGCCUUGGCAGUCUCAAAAAUCUAGCAUAGACUCUUGUUUAUAUCGAGUAGAUGAAAAUAUGACAGCCUCUACAUACAGUUUGAAUAAGAUCCCUGAAAGAAACCUAGAGACGGUUUUAUCCCAAUCAGUACAAUCUAUUCCACUCUAUCUUAUGCCACGACCAAACUCUGUAGCAGCCACCAGCUCAGCCCAUUUAGAAGAUCUAGCUUAUCUGGAUGAACAACGGCAUGCACCCCUGCGCACAUCUCUUCGAAUGCCUCGCCAGAGUAUGGCUGGUGCUCGUACACAACAGGACCUAAGAGUACGCUUUGCACCUUACAGACCUCCUGACAUAUCUCUGAAACCACUGCUUUUUGAGGUACCCAGCAUUACCACAGAGUCUGUAUUUGUUGGCCGGGACUGGGUAUUCCAGGAGAUUGAUGUACAGUUGCAGAGUGCUGAUGCCAGUGUGAACAGAGGUGUGGUGAUUGUUGGAAAUAUUGGCUUUGGAAAGACAGCAAUCAUUUCCAGACUGGUAGCACUGAGCUGUCAUGGCACACGCAUGAGACAGAUUGCCUCUGACAGUCCCCAUGCCUCCCCAAAACAUGCUGAUGCAAACCGAGAGCUUCCCCUCACUCAGCCACCUCCUGCUCAUUCUUCCAUCACUAGUGGCAGCUGCCCUGGAACCCCAGAAAUGCGCAGACGCCAAGAAGAGACUAUGCGAAGACUUGCUGCACAGGUUGUUGCUUAUCAUUACUGCCAAGCAGAUAAUGCUUACACCUGUCUUGUGCCAGAGUUUGUACACAAUGUAGCAGCCUUGCUCUGCCGCUCCCCACAGUUUGUUGCCUACAGAGAGCAGCUGUUGCGGGAACCACAUCUGCAAAGCAUGCUUAGCCUACGAUCCUGCGUACAGGAUCCCCUGGCUUCUUUCCGGAGGGGAGUUCUGGAGCCCUUGGAAAGUCUUCAUAAAGAACGCAAGAUCCCCAAUGAAGAUUUCAUCAUAUUGAUUGAUGGUUUAAAUGAAGCUGAAUUUCACAAACCUGAUUAUGGGGACACAAUAGUGUCUUUCCUCAGCAAAAUGAUAGGGAAAUUUCCAUCCUGGCUGAAGCUGAUUGUGACAGUUAGAACAAGUCUACAGGAAAUAAUUAAAUUAUUGCCCUUCCAUAGAAUAUUCCUGGAUAAACUGGAAGAGAAUGAAGCUAUAGAUCAGGAUCUCCAAGCCUAUAUCCUACACCGCAUACACAGCAGUUCUGAGAUACAGAAUAACAUUUCUCUGAAUGGCAAAAUGGACAACACAACCUUUGGCAAACUGAGUUCUCAUCUCAAAACCUUGAGUCAAGGAUCGUACCUGUACCUUAAGCUCACAUUUGAUCUUAUAGAAAAGGGCUAUUUGGUGUUAAAAAGUUCCAGCUACAAGGUAGUUCCUGUUUCCCUUUCAGAGGUGUAUCUACUGCAGUGCAAUAUGAAAUUCCCAACACAGUCUUCCUUUGACCGGGUAAUGCCUCUCUUGAAUGUGGCAGUGGCAUCUCUGCAUCCUCUGACUGAUGAGCAUAUUUUCCAGGCCAUCAAUGCAGGGAGUAUUAAAGGUACCUUAGAAUGGGAGGACUUUCAACAGAGGAUGGAUAACCUCUCCAUGUUUCUUAUCAAGCGCAGAGAUAUGACCCGAAUGUUUGUCCAUCCAUCUUUUCGAGAGUGGCUCAUUUGGAGAGAAGAAGGAGAAAAAACCAAGUUUCUCUGUGACCCAAGGAGUGGCCAUACAUUGCUCGCCUUUUGGUUUUCCCGUCAAGAAGGAAAACUCAACAGACAACAGACUAUUGAGCUGGGCCAUCAUAUUCUCAAAGCACACAUCUUUAAGGGUCUGAGUAAAAAAGUUGGGGUUUCCUCCUCAAUUCUCCAGGGGCUUUGGAUUUCCUACAGCUCAGAAGGUCUUUCCAUGGCACUGGCCUCUCUGCGGAACUUGUACACUCCCAACAUAAAGGUCAGUCGGCUGUUGAUCUUGGGAGGUGCCAACAUCAAUUACAGGACUGAAGUGCUGAACAAUGCCCCAAUUUUGUGUGUCCAGUCUCAUCUUGGUUACACUGAGAUGGUAGCUUUGCUAUUGGAGUUUGGAGCAAAUGUUGAUGCCUCUUCCGAAAAUGGCCUUACAUCUCUUGGAUAUGCUGCUGCUGCUGGCUAUUUAAGCAUUGUUGCACUCUUGUGCAAGAAACGAGCCAAGGUUGAUCACUUGGACAAGAAUGGUCAGUGUGCAUUGGUUCACGCAGCUCUCAGAGGCCACCUGGAGGUUGUCAAGUUCUUGAUUCAGUGUGAUUGGACAAUGGCUGGACAACAGCAGGGUGUGUUCAAAAAGAGCCAGGCCAUCCAGCAAGCACUCAUUGCUGCUGCCAGCAUGGGAUUCACUGAGAUUGUCUCCUACCUGCUUGAUCUCCCAGAAAAAGAUGAGGAAGAGGUAGAAAGAGCACAAAUCAACAGUUUUGACACUCUUUGGGGAGAGACAGCUCUGACUGCUGCAGCAGGACGAGGCAAGCUGGAUGUUUGUCGACUGCUUCUUGAGCAAGGAGCAGCUGUUGCCCAACCUAACCGCCGUGGGGUUGUUCCCUUGUUCAGCACUGUUAGACAAGGCCAUUGGCAGAUUGUUGAUCUCUUGCUCACUCAUGGCGCAGAUGUUAAUAUGGCAGAUAAACAAGGUCGGACUCCAUUGAUGAUGGCAGCUUCAGAGGGACAUUUGGGCACAGUACAAUUCUUACUGGCACAAGGCUCCUCCAUUUCACUCAUGGACAAAGAAGGACUGACUGCCCUUAGCUGGGCUUGCCUGAAGGGCCACCUUUCAGUAGUGCGAGCUUUGGUGGAGAGUGGAGCUGCUACAGAUCAUGCUGAUAAAAAUGGUCGCACUCCGUUGGAUUUAGCUGCUUUUUAUGGAGAUGCAGAGGUGGUUCAGUAUCUGGUGGAUCAUGGUGCCAUGAUUGAGCAUGUGGACUACAGUGGGAUGCGCCCCCUUGACAGGGCAGUGGGUUGCCGUAAUACUUCCGUUGUAGUCACCCUCUUGAAGAAAGGAGCCAAGAUAGGUCCAGCAACCUGGGCAAUGGCCACCUCCAAGCCAGACAUCAUGGUUAUCCUGUUGAGCAAGCUGAUGGAAGAGGGGGACAUGUUUUACAAGAAAGGGAAAGUAAAGGAGGCGGCCCAGCGCUACCAGUAUGCUUUGAAGAAGUUCCCCCGAGAAGGGUUUGGAGAGGACUUGAAAACCUUCCGAGAGCUGAAAGUGUCAUUGCUUCUCAACCUCUCCCGAUGUCGGAGGAAAAUGAAUGAUUUUGGAAUGGCGGAGGAAUUUGCUACUAAAGCACUGGAGCUGAAACCGAAAUCUUAUGAAGCUUACUAUGCAAGAGCAAGGGCCAAACGCAGCAGCAGACAGUUUUCAGCAGCACUGGAGGACCUGAACGAGGCCAUCAAGCUUUGUCCGAACAACCGUGAGAUCCAGCGGCUGCUCAUGAGGGUAGAAGAAGAGUGCAGGCAGACACAGGUGCAGCUACAACAACAACCUCUUGUAGUAUCUGAAGCAGAAACACAUCAUGAAGAGUUGUAUGAAGUGCAAGACAUCUUGGAAGAGGAGUAUCUUGAGCAAGAUGUAGAAAACAUUUCUGUUGGCUUGCAGACGGAGUCACAGUCCAGCCAAACACUGCCCGUCAUCCAAAGUCCACCCUCUUCCCCUGCCCAUCGGGACUCAACCUACAUCUCCAGCUCACCACUUGGUUCACAUCAGGUGUUUGACUUCAGGUCAAAUAGUUCUUUGGGAUCACCAACAAGGCAAGGGUACCAGCCCACCUCUCCAGCACUCUCCCCAACACAUCAGAAUUCCCAUUAUAGGCAUAGCCCCCCACACACAUCUCCUGCUCACCAGGCCUCUUACCAUUUUAGCCCACCUCCAACUGGUAGCCAAGGGAAAGAAUAUCAAAGUCCACCUCCUUCACCUCUUCGCAGAGGCCCUCAAUACCGGGCCAGCCCUCCUGCAGAUAACAUGAAUGUCUACAGGGUCCAGUCUGGCUCACCAGUGCGAUAUCAGCAGGAACCCAGCAUCAGUCAGCUUCCCAGUCGGCCAAAAUCUCCACUCUCUAAAAUGACACAGAGGUCUUUCCAGAUGCUUCCACUACCUGUUGCGGUCCCCCAGCAGGGGAUCAGGUUGCAGCCCGCCAAGGCACAGAUUGUCCGAAGCAACCAGUCGGGUUCAGCUGUGCACUGCAGUACCGUGAUUCCUACAGGCACUUAUGGCCAAGUAGCCCACUCAGUGGCCAGCAAGUACCAACCUGCAUCAACAGAAAUAGCUGUUGGCCAAAGUCGACUGGUCUACCAGAGCUCCAUUGGAGGGAUUGUGGGGGAUGGGAGGCCAGUACAGCACGUCCAAGCAAGUCUCAGCGCAGGAGCAAUCUGCCAGCAUGGAGGGCUGGCUAAAGAGGAUCUUCCACAAAGACCUUCCUCUGCCUACCGUGGUGGGAUGAGAUACAGUCAAACCCCACAGAUUGGGCGCAGCCAGUCAGCUUCCUAUUAUCCAGUCUGUCAUGCAAAGCUUGAUCUGGAACGUUCCUCCCUACCAUCCAGCCAGCUUGGUUCCCCUGACAUCUCUCAUUUGAUACGAAGGCCCAUGACAGUAAACCCUAGUGAAAUAAAGCCCCAUCCACCAACUCCAAGACCUCUGCUUCAUUCCCAAAGUGUUGGCCUCAGAUUUUCCCCUUCUAGCAAUAGCAUCUCAUCCACUCCCAAUCUGAAUCCCCCAUUCCGGCCUUCUGCUUCUAUUCAGCAGAUGGAGAUUCCCCUUAAGCCAGCUUAUGACAGGUCAUGUGAUGAGCUUUCCCCAGUCUCUCCAACACAGAGCAGCUACCCCAGUGAGCCCGCCCGCUCCAGGACCACACCUUUCAUGGGAAUCAUCGAUAAAACUGCCCGGACUCAGCAGUAUCCUCAUCUACACCAACAGAACAGAACAUGGGCUGUAUCUUCAGUGGAUACUGUUAUAAGCCCCACAUCUCCUGGGAAUAUUCCUCAGCCAGAAACGUUCAGUCCGCCUUCCUCAAUCAGCAGCAUUGCCUUUUAUAACAAAACCAACAAUGCACAGAAUGGCCACUUGCUGGAGGAUGAAUAUUACAACCCACAUGGGAUGUUGGCCAAUGGCUCCCGAGGAGACCUCCUAGAGAGAGUUAGUCAAACCUCUUCAUAUCCCGAUGUUAAGGUGGCCAGGACACUGCCUGUUGCGCAGGCAUAUCAGGACAACCUCUAUAGGCAACUUUCCAGAGACUCUAGGCAAGGACAGACAUCCCCUAUCAAACCAAAGAGACCAUUUGUGGAGUCUAAUGUGUGAAAAGGACCUGUAUUGGAGUAAGAGCGUAGUGUUUUCAGCACACAUUUCCCAGCUGAAUUCCCAUAUUACAUUGCUGUUGUUCCUCUUUCCAGUUUAAAAUCAAAAAUCAUUCUUUAGCAGACCACCAACCAGGGUUUUUCCUGUAAUUUCUGUGUGAUGACAAGGCAGUCCAACACAUGCUCCAAACCCUUUGCUACACACAGCUGACCUCAGAAAAAGCCAGCAUUUAUUUCAGUUUUCAAUUAGGCAUGUUAUUGAGGCUGACCCAGAAAGAUUCUGUACACAUUCAAAGGAGGUAACCAGCUCUUUGGGGAAGAAAAGUUAACUUCAGAAACCUAAAUCAAUUUUAUUGCAGGCUUUACAUUUCCUCUAGAAUACCGAACCUUUUUUGCUUGGAAAUUUCAUUCUUCAUUCAGCAUACAAUAUUUAAUUACGUCCAAAGAGCAUUUACCUGCACAGAAUGGGUUUUUUCCCCAAUAUUAAUGAGGAGCUAUGCAUAAAAACCAUCCUGCGUCUAUCUGAUGUAAAAGGAUUGAACAUUAGUCUUCAAAAUUCAUGAUUCUAACAUUUAACAUUCUUGCAUGCCAAUCUGUUGGUACAGACUACAAUGGGUAACACUAUUUUGAAAAGCAUGCUCCAAAUUACACUGCUUUGAUUUUCUGUGAGGGAUUUUAACAAAUAUUCAGGGAGAAAUCAGAGUUUUCUCCACUUCAGCCAAUCAUUGGGCAACUACCUUGAUCUGUAUAUUGGACUUCAGUCCAUUGUCUGGUGGGCCUGUCCUCUUGAUAGAAUGGCAUCUUACUGAUUCACACUCCAGGUAUUGUUCCCAUAUUAGCAACAUUCAAUUUUAAAGAAUCUGGGAUGUCUCAGAGUUAUAAAGCAAUUUUCCCAAAUGUUGGUGGAUUUCAAUUCCUGGCAUCUCUGACUAUCGGCUAGGCUUGCUGAGGAUGUUGGGGCUUGUAGGCCAAUGACAUCUGGGAACCCAAAUUUGGAAAAGGAACUGAGAGAGAAAACCAGAGUUAUUGCAUUUUCAAGAGAGCAGUCAUGUUAGCAAAAUAACAACUUUAAAGAUUAAUGAAUGUAUUAUGGAACAACCUUUAAUGGACUUUAGCCUGCAUCCUGAAUCUGAUGAUAUGGGCUAUAGUCCACAAUCACUUAUGCCAGCAUAAUUGUGUUAGUCUUUAAGGUGCCACAAGAUUCCUUGUAGAAUUUUUACAGACACUCCUAUAGUUGAUGCUUUCAUCCUAGAUUCAGUAUUAGUGCUCUUGUAGCAGUGCCUCCCAGAGUAGAGAUGCUUCAAGGCAUCUGGGUAUUUCUUUCCUGCAGAUAGUUUUGGAAUGAAACACUUUAUUUCACUCUUCACUGUUUGUAGCACAACUAUAAUUUUGAUUAUCUAAGUCAAAGGCGGGCAGACGCUAGAUCUUCAGAUAUUUUAGAUUUCAGCUCCCACAAGCCCAGGACCACUGGUAGAGGGCCCCAAUAUGUUCCCAGGGUCCCAGAUCCUUUCCUCAGAUCUCUAAUUACCCAUGGAUACUAAUGGAUUUUUUGUCUCAGGUUAAUUCACAUGCAAGGGACAACUUUUAAGCAGGGUUUUAGCUAGGGAAAGAAGGUGUUGACCCUCAUUGCUCAUGCAGUUUCUGCGCUCAAUCUUUCUGUUUGUGCCAGGUAGAGGACUUUUCCUAAGCUAAAUUGAUAAAUGGGGUCUUGAUUAAUAAAAAUUUAAGCCCCUAAAAAUCUUACCUCUGCAUGGUAAUUAAACUUAGGGGAAAAAGGGCCCUGAACCUUUUCAGAGUGUAGCAGUGCCCCUGCAGAAGCCCCUGCCAAAGGCCAAAACAUCUGGAGAAGGUCAAGUGAAAAAAGACAAUGACAAUACAGAAACCUGAGGUGAAAAGCACAUAAGGGAAGAGGCAGGAAUUAUCAAGAAUGCUUUCAGUCUGUGCCACUUUUGGUUAGCUCAGGAAGGUAUGACUUGACACCACUGGGGAAGGGAUGGCAAGACUACAAACCUAUAUAGGAGACGAGAGAACAUCAGAGAUAGAGGUUGUCCACAUGAGCUUGAAGAUGGCAUAAACACAAAGCAGUGCAAAUUACACUUUGCUUUUUCUGCAUUAUGAUCAGAGAGGAAAUUUUACUGCUGGCUGUAAACUAAGCAGGGUAAUUUCUCUCCACACCAGGAUUGCUCAGGAAUGGAUAAGUAAUCUCUUAGCUAGCCCUAGUUGAAAUAGCAGUUCAUUUUUAUUGCUAAGAUAUUUUAAACGGCACAGUUUUUUAAGCAUAAAGCAGCCUUCUGUCAAAGUACACAUACUUUGCUUCAUGAUUUAUAUUCAGUACAUACCUAUUUUUUUGUUCUGUCAUCACAAGUUCCUCUGUAUAACCUGAAAAAUGAUAGAAAAUAUAUUUCUAUUAAAUUACAAGGGUUGAAAUUUCAAAAACCAGGAUAAUAGAUUCCAUACUUGAAAACAUUACAGAUACUUCCUGUUUUAAGAUCCUGGAGCUUAGAGAGACAAAGAUUAAUGAAACAGUUUAAGGAAAUAUUUUUGGUUGGUUCUCUUAAUAGGGGUUGCCACACUUGUUUAAAUGCAAAAAAUCCAGACUGUUUCCAAAUAUUCUAUUUACUUUGAAUUUGGUCCUUCGUUAGAAUUAAAAAAAAAAAUCACAGCUCCUAUUGAUUGCAUUCCAAAAUGCAUUUUGUGUAAUAGAAAAAACACAUAGUGGGAGAAGAGGAGAAGUAUUCAGCUAUUGGUGUGCUAAGGCAUGUUGGUGUCUGGCAAGCUCAGACAUUUGCAAGUACUUUUUUUUCAAGGAAGGGGGCAUGUUUCAAUUCAAAUAUUGUUUUAACUCAAACAUCAAAAGAAGUUAUGUUUCUUUUAAUAUGUAUAUGUGAGAGAGAGGUGAAUGAGGAAGUUUUAAUAAAUUACUCAAGACAGAAGAGAGAAGGUGUAACUCCAAAUUUGCUUUCCUGGAAUAAAUACCACCCCCCACCCCAUACAUUUAUGUCCUAAGGAAGUUAAAAAGGAGGGGUUGAUGAACCUCCUCCUAUAUGGAGGGAUCCUUCAUCUUAAGAAUUCUGUGUCAACUUAGAAAUGUUUAUAAAUACCAGUUAUUGAAAACUCUAGAAUGUGCACCACACAAGAUUAAGUUUCUCUGUGUUAAACAGUGAUUGCAGGAGGAAGAGGGUUAGAUUUCUGCCCCUGCUUUGAGACUACUUGUAUCAUGCCAAAGCUAGAACCUAUUUUGCUACAACAAAUGGUCAUCAAAAUAAUGGUUAAUACUUUGUGCCUUUUGGCAAUGAUAAAAAUAUUUGUACCACAUCCAUUGGUACAACAGGAAUAACCGAUAUGUAUUACUCUGCCUUUCUUGAUAAAAUAGAACAACAAGCAAAUUUAGCUUCCUCUGUCAUGUGCGAAGCAGAGCAAUAUCGCUGGUGUCAUGCUGCUCGUCUUUAAAGUUGUAAGAUUCUUGUUGAUGGCAUGCUUCAGUCUUUAAUCUGGCUGUUUUACUCUGCUCUUCACUGCCACAGGGUUUACAGUUACUGUACCUGUUUACAUUGAUCAGUUAGCAAAAGAACUGGCAUGCACAUCCAAAAUGAGGUUUCCCCUCUCCUACCCCCAACAGUAUUAUGACAUGAUUUCACAGGAUUUUUGCACUGAUGGGUUUGCCACCUGCUAUAUCUGUACGUGGGGUCCACUUUACAGUUGUGGUAAAUAAAUGUUACUGAUGUCUUUAUUAGAAACACAGCAAAACAGCCCUUUCAAAGUAAUUAAAAGCAUUAAAUCAAAUAUAUAGCACAAGUAUUAGCUGUUGCAUUUAACAUCAACAGGUGAUUUUUUUCUCCAGUUUGAAAAGGAAUGUUUGAGAGCUGUGACUUACCCAAUUGAUCUCCUAGCAAUUCUCUUUAGGGGCACCUGAGGCUUAGUUGUCGCUUUUGGUUAACAAGGAAUACAUCUUGGCUGAAAUGGAAGUGGCUUUGUCUUUCCUAGAAUGUUUGUUCUCUCAUCUUAGAUUUUGUUGAGUCAUUGUGUCCUCUCUUGAAAUACAAUGUGAUGGAACACAACAUAUUUUUUUCACUGCCCUUUCUGCAAUUUAAAUGCCUUUCUGCAAAUUAAACAUCUGAAUUUUUUUCUACUCAGGAAACUAUGAUAGAAUGGCUCACACCACAACCUCGAGGGCUCCCAUACGGGUUAAAAAGAAAGGCCAUGCAAAAAAUACUGAAGUACUCCACACACAAGACAAACUCUCAAUCUCUAAACUGGCGUUUAAGUGCGCUUUUUAUCCACCCAGUCAAGGAAACCAUAUAAACCAGCUUCUUGAAUCCAUCAACAUUUCUGCUUUCAACGUAUGCGGGUUUUAACAAAGCCCUCAACUGUUGCUGCUCUGACAUUGCGAAAGAGCGUUUACUUGCCCACUGGAAGACUCGCUCUGAACUAGAAUCUAGAUGCUGGCUUAUGGCGAGUCUUCAAGCUGGGCCUGGGCUUCUCUACACGAGGCAUUGUGCACUCGGGACCCUUCACUCACAGAAUCUGGUAGGACCGUGACACGACGUCUCCAUCCUCCAGGUCUCCCCGCCUCAUUUUGUCGGCCUAUUUGCGGCUUAAUAGGAAUAAUAAGGUAUUACUUUGUAAAGGCUGAAAUAGAAGCGCUUCUAAUUCAGAAAUUGCGUUCUACUAUAGCACCACCUUGUGGUUGUAUAAGUCAACAUAGAGGAAGCGGAAAAAGUAAAAGAAAGCGUGUCAAUUACGCGCCCUCAAGCAAAGAAACGGAAGAGGCCUAUUUAAAGGCCCAAGUUAAAGGCUUAAUGCAGAGAGGUCUAUACUCAAGUUCUCUGGUUCUGAGGGCCAAACUAGAUAUGGCACCCAAUCAGCCUCCAGAAUGUAAGGAAAAGGACUUUUAACUCCCUUCCAGGAUCCUGACAAAAUUGGCAUUUUACAAAACUGUCAGUUCUGACUUUCUGUAAAAUGUGAACUGCUUUCAGCAAACGAGAAGCAGGGACAGAAUAGAAAGAUAAAGUUCCCCUCAUCACUCUCCAUGGUCCCUCCAUGCCUACUAGUUACAUAACAAAAUAUGCUUGUUAAAUGUAUUUGUGUGAUUAAUAUCAGAGUGAGUUUGGCUAUGAGUCAGCUUUACAUCUAGGAUUUUAAAAAUAUUAAUUAAAGCUGACACCUAAAAAGAAUUGCUAUCAGCUCCAAACCAUGGGAUUGAUUGCUAAAUAUAUUUCAAGCUCUGCUUUCAUCCAUGGGAGACAUCUGCCAGGUUUGUGCAUGCCUCUAAUGCAGGUUGUAAGACAUGUCUUCACAGGGCAAGUGCUGUUGUUUUUAAGAAUUUCAUUCACACAUAGGAAUUUUAAAUGAGAGUCCCUGAAGAUAAGCAUCCUUCUGCAGUUUCAGAAACAGAGACAUGCAAGGGGUAGGAGAACAUUUCUUUUACAUUUGAAGCCUGUAGAGGUUUUUUAUGCAUUUAUUAUUUCAAUCUUUAAAGAAUGGACUGUGGAGAAAGAGAUUAAGUCUGCGCAUAUUCUAAAAACCAGAGUCACUUGCUUGGCAUUGGGUAGAAUUCACAAACUGCAAAUUAUUCCAGAACCACACAAAAAGUAAUCUUGUAGAAAACCAAAGUACCAGCUUUUGGGGGGCCUUACAUAAAGUAAUGAACAUCACGGUGUGCCUAGAAAUUCUUCUUUUGUUAUGGUAGCCCCUUGAAAACUCUUG